AUGAUUAAGUAUAGUAAAAAAUAUAUUAGAUUUUUAAAUUUGAAUUAUUGUAGAUUUUCAAGUUUAAAAACUAAAGCAUAUGAUGUGAUUGACCAUCAUUAUGAUGCUGUCAUAGUUGGUGCAGGAGGAGCAGGAUUACGAUCAGCUUUAGAAUUAUCUAAAAAUAAAUAUAAGGUAGCAUGUAUAAGUAAAUUAUUUCCAACUAGAUCACAUACUGUAGCAGCACAAGGAGGUAUAAAUGCUGCUUUGGGUAAUAUGACAGAAGAUGAUUGGAGGUGGCAUGCUUAUGAUACUAUUAAAGGAUCAGAUUGGCUUGGAGAUCAAAAUGCUAUACAAUAUAUGUGUAGAGAAGCACCAGAAUCUGUUUUAGAAUUAGAGGAGUUUGGACUUCCAUUUUCAAGAACUAAAGAUGGUAAAAUAUAUCAAAGAGCUUUUGGUGGGCAAAGCUUAAAAUAUGGAAAAGGAGGGCAGGCAUAUAGAUGUGCUGCUGCUGCUGAUAGAACAGGACAUGCUAUGUUACAUACUUUAUAUGGACAAUCAUUAUCACACAACUGUGUAUUUUUUGUUGAAUAUUUUGUAUUAGAUUUAUUAAUGUUAAAUCCUAAAGAAUGCAUUGGUGUUAUAUGUAUUAACAUAGCAGAUGGUAAAAUUCAUAGAUUCUUUACUCCUCAUACAGUUAUUGCUACUGGUGGUUAUGGUAGAGCAUAUCUCUCUUGUACAUCUGCUCAUGCAUGCACUGGAGAUGGAAAUGCAAUAGUUGCAAGAAGCAAAUUACCUCUUCAAGAUUUGGAGUUUGUACAAUUUCAUCCUACUGGUAUAUUUCCUGCUGGAUGUUUAAUAACAGAAGGUUGCAGAGGAGAAGGAGGAAUUUUAAGAAAUAAGGAAGGAGAAGCUUUUAUGAUGAGAUAUGCACCUAAAGCUAAAGAUUUAGCUAGUCGAGAUGUUGUUAGUAGAGCCAUGACUAUAGAGAUAAAUGAACAUAGGGGAUGUGGUCCUAAUGGUGACCAUAUAUAUCUUGACUUAACACAUUUACCAUAUGAAACAUUAAAAGAAAGACUUCCUGGUAUAAUGGAAACGGCUAAAAUAUUUGCAGGAGUUGAUGUUACUAAGCAGUAUAUACCUGUUUUACCAACUGUUCAUUAUAACAUGGGAGGAAUACCUACAAAUUAUAAAACUCAGGUGUUAACACAAAAUGUAAAUCUUAAUAAAUUUAAAAAUAUUUCAAAUGAUGAUAUUAUUGUUAAAGGACUUUAUGCGGCUGGAGAAGCUGCUUCAGCAUCUGUUCAUGGAGCAAAUCGAUUAGGUGCAAAUUCAUUAUUAGAUAUUGUAGUAUUUGGUAAAAGAGCCGCAUUAACAAUAAUGGAGAUUGAUAGCCCCAAUAUCCCCAAAAUAAAUACCAACACAAAUAUAGGUGAAGAAACUAUACAGAGAUUAGAUGAAAUAAGAUUUAAUAAAGGAAGUAUUCAUACAGCCGACUUGAGAAAAAAAAUGCAAAUUUGUAUGCAAAAACAUGCUGCUGUUUUUCGUAUUGGUCCAUUAUUAGAAGAAGGGUAUAAACAGAUACUUGAUAUAUGUUCGAAUUUUAAAGAUAUAUAUGUCAAAGAUAAAGGUUUAACAUGGAAUACAGACUUACUAGAAACUCUUGAACUUGAAAAUUUAUUAACACAGGCUACCCAAACUAUAUUAGCUGCAGUACACAGAAAAGAAUCUAGAGGAGCUCAUGCACGUGAUGACUUUCCUGAAAGAGAUGACCAGAAUUUUUUAAAACAUUCUUUAACUUGGAUGACAGAAAGAAAUAUUGAAAAUGCAAAGUUUUUUACAACUUAUAGAAAUGUUAUUACAAAACCUUUAGAUAAUGAAAUGGAAUAUAUUCCUCCUGUUAAAAGGGUUUACUAA